CCAACUACUCCACACCCGGCACCACCGCGGCAGCCAUGGACGACUCCCACGAGCCCGCCUCCCCGGCCUCCCCCGACACGGCAUCCUCGUCGUCUACGUCGUCGUCGUCGUCGUCUUCAUCGUCCUCCGCCGCCGUUGCUCAGAAGAAGCGACCGCGCAACGACGGCCGGCACCCGACGUACCGCGGCGUGCGCAUGCGCAGCUGGGGGAAGUGGGUGUCCGAGAUCAGGGAGCCGCGCAAGAAGUCGCGCAUCUGGCUGGGCACCUUCGCCACCGCGGAGAUGGCCGCGCGCGCGCACGACGUGGCCGCCCUCGCCAUCAAGGGCCGCGCCGCGCACCUCAACUUCCCGGACCUCGCGCACCUGCUCCCGCGCCCUGCCACCGCGGCUCCCAAGGACGUGCAGGCGGCGGCGCUGCUCGCCGCCGCCGCGGACUUCCCGUCCGAAGCCAAUGCCAAGAGCCCCGACGCCUGCUCCUUCGCCAGCGCCGCCUCGCCGCAGCCGCCAGCGCCGGACGCUGAACCUGACCCGGACAACGCGCUGUUCGACCUCCCGGACCUUCUCCUGGACCUGAGAUACGAGACAUCCUCGAGCCUUUCGUGCGGGGCGUCGUGGGCUGUCGACGACGACGUGGCAGGCGGCGGCGUGUUCCGCCUGGAGGAGCCGAUGCUGUGGGAUUACUGAUCAAUGUUGCUUGCUUCAGUUCUUGGAUUAGCCGCCAGUCAGCUGCUUCAUGCACCCUGUUCAUGGAGGCUAGUCAUGCUUCCGUGUAUUAGAAAGAUCAGAGGCUUGUAAAUGGCGCUGCUGCUUUUUUCUUCUUUCUUGAUCACUCUGCUUCUCCUCUGUUUUUUUUUUCCUUUCCUUAUUUUGUGCUUUGUUUUUCCUCUCCAUUUUUUCACCUUUUCUUUACCAAAUCUAGCAUGCGAGGUUGUAUAAAGCCAGCUCCUUUUCCUCGUCUUGCUUGAUUUGGGGGACAAGAAUAUGUAUAAUUAACAAGCAUCUUAUCUUCGACUAUCCCUUUUCUAGCUUGUUUUGUUUAGUGGUAAAAAAAGUGAUCUACCAAGAUUUGGGCCAAAUGGACAAGUGAUAUUUACGCAUCCGAUUUGCACCUUUCCGGUGUUCGCAGCUCGUCACCGGCCUUGGAAGCCACGGUAAGAUUCGUCCACGCCAUUCAAAUCAUCCAGCUCCACCUGCACUGCAGCACGAGAAACAAAAAUUAAAAACA